AUGUCUGCCAUAGAUGAUCUUAUAGAAAUCUUGAAUAAUCUUAGAGAGAAACCGGAUUUCCUGAAUUCUAAUCUGAUCUCACGUCUCGAGAAGAACAAGGAUAAAUAUGCGGAGGAAAAAGUGACGAGAUUUGCUGUUUGUAAAAAAGUAAUUAACGCGUCUCCGAUCAAUGAAAACAGAGCCUUUCUCCUUGAAACUGAAAAUCAUCGGCUGAUCGUCUAUUCUCACGACACAUACUGUGUUCCGAAGGAUGAGGAUGUGGAUUUCGAGUGGAAAGUAUUAACCAAGUAUUUUUACGAGGACACACGCGUCAAGGAUUAUUAUGACAAGAAAAAUUUCGAUUAUUACUUAGAAAAAGACAACACGGAAUCCACUCACUCGACCCAAAAUAAAUUGCGAAUUGCGUUGGAGAAAUUCUUAAAUAUGUCGAAAGAAAUAUUUGACUCCAUUUGUCAAAAAAUCAAAGAAUUUCUAACUCCAAAGAGGUUUCAAAUUUUGUCGGAGGAAUUCUUAACAAUGUUGAAAAAUAUAUUUGGCUCGGGGGGCUCGGGGGGCACACACGGACCCGUCAAACCGCACAUGAUGUGA